AUGGAAGUCGCAGGACUCCUUCUCGGGACCUUGUCAACUGUCGAAACGCUGCUGAAUGCGUAUAAAGCCGUCCAAGAGUUUGUCGACGACGUCAAGAGUUUUGACGACGACAAGGCGGUGAUCUUGGCAAAAGUAACGGCCGAGAAGGCAAUCACCGAGAAUCUGUCAGAGUUGCUUUUUCACGAAUACGGGGCAAAUGAUGGCGCCCAGUGCCUGUUCGAGUCACUUGACAAAGCCAUGCAGAGCAGUGUCAAUCUCAUCUUCGCCGAGUUCGCCAAGAACAUCCACGACUACGUCCCGCUCGGCGAACGAUAUCAGCUAACGGGCGCAGAGUCUGGGGGCAGCGGCGGGCAGAAGCUGAUCACAGCAGGGCCUAUCGAUGGCCCCAAGGCCAAGCUUCGCUGGGCGAUUCGCGACAAGCGGCGUCUCACGGGUCUCGUCGGCGACUUUCAGACGUGGAACCAGAAGAUCACGCAGCUGCUUGAGCUCAACUUGCUCAGCCGGCAGCUGCAGAUGGCACGCCAGCAACGUUCUUUGGACGUCAAGCUCCAGCCCCCUGCAGCACAAUCCCUAGGCAUCAGCGAUGCCCUAGCCGCGCAGUUAAAGGCAGUGCAAAACUCAGAUAGUUCUCCGAACGUCCAGGCAUUGGCAGCAGGGGAAAGGAUAAGCUAUAAGCGGCCGUGGAUGGAGCUGCGCAACGCUCGGAGGCAGGCCCAGGGAUCGAAAUUCGAGGUCGGCCGGUUUGGCGACGACGCUGUGCUUGUCGACUCGAAGCACUUUCAGGGCACGCAGGACGACGCGCAGCGACGCAGCAGCAGCGCACGGCUCGACCAGCUGGUGUCGAUUCUGCAACACCUACAGCGCCUGGACCGGGCCAUACCCAAGUGCCUGUGCUGGAUGGACCGCGUCGACAAGGGCGCCCACUCUCUCGUGUUCCAGAUCCCUCCGCACCUCGAGCCACGUCCCAUGUCCCUCUUUGACGCGCUGCCCACAUCGUCCGUCGCGUCGGGACCCGGGCUAGAGGAGCGCUACACCAUGGCGUACGAUCUCGCCGCCACCGUCGACCGGCUGCACUCCGUGUCGUGGGUGCACAAGAACCUGCGCAGCGACAACAUCGUGUUCUACCACGCCAAGCAGUCUCUGCGGGACGGUAAUAGCGCGACAAGAGAAAAAAGGACGGGCACCACGCUGCCGCCCGACUGGUUCGUGUACGGAUUCGAGUACGCGCGGCCCGUCGACAGCGACACGUCGCUCAAGUCCGACGCCAACCCGGAGCGCAACGUCUACCGCCACCCGCAGCGGUGGGGCGUGCCGACCGACGCCUUCGCCCCUGUCCACGACCUGUACGCCCUCGGCGUCGUGCUGCUCGAGCUCGGCAUGUGGCGCAGGGCCACCUCUCUCAUCCGGCAGGACGGCCCGCGCGCCUCGGACCCCGUCGAGACCAGGAACGGGCUCGUCGAGCGCGCGAAAAGGCACCUGGGGUUCUCGGCCGGCGCGCGGUACCGAGACGCCGUGCUGCGCUGUCUCGAGGGCGAUUUCUGUGUCAAUUUCGGAGGCGCGGACGGCUCCGUUAUCGGAAAAGACAGUCGUGACGGAGAACUGGGCGCCAACUUCAGGUCCCUUGUUGUCGACGAGCUGCGGCUCCUGGCGUAUCCCGACCGCGAGUCGAGCCAGCGCAUCAGGCAGGAGAGCUGGCAGGCGCCGUUGCCGGGUAGUAGUCUAAGCAUAGCAAUGUCGGGGACAGCUUUAGCGUGA